AUGCCUUCUGACUGGACAACUCACUUUAAAUAUAUUCUUGAUCAUUAUCAUCAAGGUAUUGUGACUGCAGAUUCACCACAGGCUCUCAAACGCAUGGUGAAGAAAAUUCGUAAGGCUAUACUUGCAGCCCAAAAGGAACUUGAAGACGAUGAAGAGGAAGAUGUGCCCCAAUUGCCUACUUCUUUGAAAAAGGAAAUCAAACAAUACUGUUCCCAAAUCAUCGCCUACAAGGAAGAGGCCGAGGAACGAGAGGCCGCAAGUCGUCCAAGAGAAGCGUCCUUCUACAAGAAAUCACUUACCGAAUGGGAUGUUGCACAGAGGUUGUUCAAGGAAGAAAUAGAUAAGUUUGACAAGGAUGAGCAGAGAAGGAAAGGUGUCCAACAUUCAAUCAAGUAUCGGACUGGCCAUGCCAGGGAAUGGUUUGACAAUAUGUCUCCUUCACAACAGGAGGAGGUCAAGUUUGCCAUGACCAAAUGGAAUAGGGAGGGGGCACCAGAAGAAAGUCAAGUAGUGAAGAACAACCUCAAGAAAACACUUGAAGACUUUUCAGAGCAAAUCCGACGUACUAUGGGUUGUCGAGUGGUGAUGUUUGUUAGCCACAAGAAAAAAGCUAGUCAGACAUUGUCUGUCAGUCUACAUGAAACCGACCCUCAAAAUGUCAAGAAGAGGUUUUCUGUCAGCUCCAAUGGGAUCAAGGAGUGGACUGCAACUGGAUUUGAAUCCUUUGCAGAAUGGUCAAAGACCGAGUUUUAUCCUUCAGAUGAUCAGGACCUGGAGGGUUCAGACAAUGAGGAUGCUGGCAAUGAAGCUGCUAUACCCGAAAUUAUCCUAGAUGAUGAUGGAUAUGCCAAACUUCCUAGUCGUGAUGGUAUUGGCCUUAGGGGCCAACAUGAAUUGAUUAGGGGUAUAUUUCAUGCUUCGUAUAAAGUCUGCACUGGGGGCUCUAGACCUGUGCCUUGGGGUAUGAUAACUGCUGCCUUGUCCAAUUAUUUGGAACAUGGUUCUGUUCCCACUGCAUUUGUGGUCAAAGACCCUUCUCAUAUGAAGACUGAGGAGGUAAAUUGUCUAUGGAACCAUUGGGAACAAAAUUCGGCUGCAAACAAGAAGCUAGUCGUUUUUGUCAAAGCCAAGGAUGGUGAUGUGCGGGCAAAUGUAAGGAAUGAAGAAAGAAAGAAAAAGUCUAAGGAGAAAAGAGUAAGCUUACUUGACUCAGACGAAGAAGACAGCGACCGGCUUCCUUCCUUGAACAGCUCUGAUUUCACAGAACGUAGAACCCAGCCGGCCGACACAACCCCAGAUGAUGUUUCAAUCGAUGAUCGAUAUGCAUUCCUCGAAUCUCUAAGGAAGAAUGAGGACUACCUAGAGCUUAUAGAUGCCAUUAGGGAUCUGGCAAAGUUUGCCAAGCAGAAGCCAACUUCAGAGGAGAAUCCAGAUUUGCCUAUCUGGGCUAACUGGUCUUGGGGAGAAUCUUAUCUUCCUGAGGACGUGCAUGUGUCUUAUGACACUUUGAAGGCUAGCUUGGAAAAGCUACGAACAUCUCCAAUCUCAGGGGCAGCAUCUGCCAUGCCAGUGAUUCUAGGAAUUGGGCUCCUCUAUAGGGAGUCUAAAUGCGUCAUAGAGUAUGAGGAAGAUGAGGCUGACCCCAAUACACCUUUCUACCUACCUGGUUCUGCUUUCGAUCUAGAAGUCUUGGUUUCUCUUGAUCAAGUUGUUCGGCAGGUCUUGGCCACAGUUGUUGAGCACAUAGAGAAGCUGGCAAAAGGGGGACUUGGUGAGGUGCCAGGGGAGGAGGUUUUUUUGAUAAAGGGGAAGGAGAAGGAGAAGGCAAAGGAGACACAGGAGGAGCAGCAGCAGCAGCAGCAGGAGCAUGAGGAGCAGGAGGAGCAGCAGCAGGAGCAGCAGCAGGAGCAGGAGCAGCAGCAGCAGAAAGGGAGGAAGAGAAGAAUGCCCCAAGCUUCGACCAGUGAGUCUAAGAAGCCUAGGAUUGAGCCUGAAGUCCGCAGAUCAGGCAGGACAAGGCAACCUUCUAAGAGAGCCCAGAACUGA